UAAUUAAUUUACUGUUUAUUAUUUAAACUUUUAUUUGUGAGUCUACUAUAAAAUUUUAUAUCUAAUAAAUAAGGAAAAGUUUCGCAUCGAAAGAAAUAAAAAGCAAAACCAAUGGCCACGCGUUGGGGUAUUAUAAGUGCCGGCAAAAUCAGCCACGACUUUGUCUCAGCCCUCCGGACACUGCCCGCCGAUGAGCACCAGUUGGUCGCUGUGGCGGCCCGUGACCUGAAAUCGGCCCAAGAGUUUGCCCGCAUUCACGGCAUACCCAAAGCCUACGGAUCCUAUGAAGAGCUGGCCCGGGACCCAAACGUCGAGGUGGUAUACGUGGGCACUAUUCACCCGCACCACUUGUCCGCAGCCAAGCUGGUGCUAUCGCACGGCAAACACGUGUUGGUCGAAAAACCCCUAACACUUAAUCUAAAGGGCACUCAGGAGUUGAUCGCGAUCUCCCGGAGCCAUAACCUGUUUCUCAUGGAGGCCCUGUGGUCUCGAUUUUUGCCCUCGUACGAUUUUGUCAUGAACGCCAUUAAAACCGGCGUGAUAGGUCAGGUGUAUCAUGUCGAGGUCAAUUUCGGUAUGCAAAUAGGCGAGGUAGAUCGCGUGGCCCGGAAAGAGCUAGGUGGUGGCACAUUGGUGGAUAUAGGGAUAUAUGCGCUGAAUGUGGUGCUCAUGGCGUUUGGCGGCGAACAGCCCCUGGAUGUGAAAGCUGUGGGCCAUUUGAACCAACACGGAGUGGACGAGAGCGUGUCGGCGGUGUUUAAGUAUAGCGACGGCCGUACGGCCACCAUAGCGACCAGCGCUCGGGUGAAAUUGCCCUGUGAGGCACAUAUUGUCGGCACCAAAGGCACAAUCAAGAUACCGUUCCCGUUCUGGUGCGCCGACAAAGUCUACUUAAACGACGUUAAAUACGAGUUUGAUUUCCCGCCGGCGGCCGAAGUGUGUAACUUCUGGAACAGCUCUGGCCUGCGAUACGAAGCCGUAGAGGUUCGCCGGUGUCUGACCUCAGGUCGCACUGAGAGUGAGGUUAUGCCACACGAGGCGUCCCGAGGGUUGGCCCGACUUAUGGAUGAGAUUAAACGGCAGGUGGGCGUCAAGUAUGAUGUGGACGAG